AAGUAAGAAUGUUUAAUUUCAGACGAAUAAAACGAAUCAUUACAGAAGUACAUCAUAACUAGCAAUACUUUGAGUUGCACUUCUACUUUUUUUUAUACAUUUGCAAUACACAUACUAGACAUCCUUCUGCAUUAGUAUUUGCCACUAUUGAAUAUUGCAUACGAAAACGCUUUAACGCGUACCAAUAAGCUGGAGGACUGAACGAAUUUUAAAUACUAUUCCAUCAUAUUAGGCAGGGUUAUUUAAAGCAUAUAAGAUCAUGUAGUAAUAUAUGUGCCAUUAAUGUGAAAAACCUGUAUAAGAAUUUGAUGUAUUAUUAAAAAAAAAAACAAAAAAACAAGUGUACUCGAGCGUUUACUGUUUGUCCCCUUUCCUUCCUGAUGGUACGGUCGAUAAUGGACACUGCAAUCUGAAGCCCCUUUUCAUCAUCAGGAUGAGUGAAUUAAAAGAUUGCCCGCCUCUUAAAUAUUAUGAUUUUAAGCCAGUUGAGCAUGGCAAGCUUUGCCCGCGGUACACAGCUGUCCUGAGCAGGUCAGACGAUGAUGGCAUUGGGAUCGAGGAGCUGGACACCUUGCAGCUUGAGCUGGAGACACUCUUGUCUUCUGCUAAUCGCCGGCUUCGUGCUCUGGAGGAGCAGAGACAGAUCCUGACAGACUGGCAGGAUAAAAAGGUGGACAAACGCUUCCUUAAACCGGGGAAGGAAGCUGAUCUCAUGACCACGCCCCGCCACUCCAAGCCAAAGAAGCAGAAGCUGGACGGCAAAGGAAGCCAUGGGCCUGGGCCUGGUCCCGGCCGGCCCAAAUCCAAAAACUUGCAGCCCAAGAUCCAGGAGUAUGAAUUUAACGAGGAUCCACAGGAUAUACCCCGUAAUCCCAAGAAUGAUGCCCCCAAUCGGUUCUGGGCGUCAGUGGAGCCAUACUGUGCUGAUAUCACCAACGAGGAGAUCAGAGUGUUGGAGGAGCUGCUGAAGACGCCUGAGGACGAGGCAGAAUAUUACAAGGUACCGGUCCUGGGAAAGCAUUACUCCCAACGCUGGGCUCAGGAAGACCUGCUGGAGGAGCAGAGGGAUGGAGCCCGAGCCAAUGAGAAGAAGAAAGGAGUUAUGGGACCACUCUCUGAGCUGGAUGCCAAGGAUGUGGAUGCACUUCUGAAGAAGUCAGAGUCCCAGCACGACCCACCUGAGGAUGGCUGUCCCUUUGGUCCCCUCACACAGCGCCUCCUUCAGGCUCUUGUGGAGGAGAACAUCAUCUCACCCAUGGAGGACUCUCCGAUCCCUGAAGUGUCAGGGAAGGACAUGGGGAACGAUGGCGCCAGCACCUCCCCACGCAGCCAGGGCAAAGCUUUCAGUGUCCCACACACGCGUUCAUUGGAGGUGCGGAUCAAGGAGGAGCUGGUCUCCCAGGGGCUCCUGGACACGGAAGAGCGACAGGGAGCCGGGGGCGACUCCGAGGACGAGGUCCUGGCCGAACUGCACAAGCGGCAGGCGGAGCUGAAGGCCCUCAGUGCACACAACCGCACUCGCAAGCAGGAGCUGCUUCGGUUGGCCAGGGAAGAGAUGCAUAAACAGGAGCUGCGACAGCGAGUCCGGGUCGCCGACAACGAGGUGAUGGAAGCAUUCCGGCGCAUCAUGGCUGCGCGACAAAAGAAACGUACCCCCACAAAGAAGGAGAAGGACCAAGCCUGGAAGGCCCUGCGUGAGAGGGAAAGCAUUCUGAAACUACUAGAUGGUUAGAGGAGAUACUGAAAGGAGCAGAGUGUAGUUCAGCCUUCUAGAGAGGGAUACUCUGAAUGGUUUCUGCAUUCUUUUUCAGUGGAGUUAGGACUCAUUUAGACAUGUUAUACUUGAUAUGGUAAUUGAGGUAAACCAGCUAUGUUUUUUUUUUUUUUUUUUGUAAAGUUUGUACUAUGCUUGCCGUUGAAUCCAUGGACAUCCACUUUAUUUUAGUGUUUUUCAGUUGUCACAUUUAUACAUAUGUACAAAAUCAGAUGUUUUAAUAAAAAGAACUUUGUGUAAAGAAUGCA